AUGAAGCCCUCACUGCUGCUUCUGUCUCACCUCUGCCUGUUCAGCCUCACGCCUCCCUCGUGGGCAUCAGACUUGGCACAAGGCGCCUCCAGCCUCACUUGUUGGUAUGACUCACGAGCAGCUCUCUUCUGCAAUUGGGACCCGGGCAGGGACCUGGCUAAAGCACCAUGCCAGCUGGAGAUUUUAUCAAAGAAAGGCUUUUGUGACAGCUUACAGGAGUUGUAUCCCUCACCUGAAAAACACAAGAAGCACUGCAAUUUACUUGAGGCAGAGGAUAUGACAGGAUUGAGGAGAUGCAACAAAACCUUCAACCAAAAUGUUAAUAAUCAGUGCUUCACCAUUUCAGACCGUCUUAACUUUUCUGUCCGUUGCCACAUUGGAGAGAAAAAAAUCAAAAUACCUGUGCAAAUAAAAGACUUCAGUCCAUUUGAAAAUAUAAAGCUGAGGCCUCCAGGAAACCUUCAGCUGGCUAACAUCACUGAAAACACCUCCAACCUAACAUGGAGCCUGAAUAUUUCCUCCCACUAUUUGGAUGGGAGGCGGGAGUACCAAGUGCGGUACCGACACGUGAGUCAGUCCUGGGAGGAAGCUGCAAACUUUCCCAUUGAACAGGACCAGAUGUGGGUAAAUUUUGAGGGACUCUCACCCAACUCGAAAUACGAGGCAGCUGUCCGUGCAAGGCCAAGUGCCAGAAGCAAUUACAAAGGCGUGUGGAGUGACUGGAGCAAGCCAGUCCUGUGGAGGACACACGCUGACCAUAAGGGAACAUCCCAGCCAGUCCUUCCAGUUCUGAUAGUGAGCACUUUGGUCUUUGUGAUCAUUGGCACUGCCUUCCUCAUUAACCUACGGACCCUGAAAUGGUUUAAGAAGAUCCUGAAGAUUCACAUCCCAGACCCCGAGAAGUUUUUUCCUCCGCUUGUUUCGGUUCACGGAGGUGACAUUCAGAAAUGGCUCUCCUCCCCAUUCUCCACAUCUUCCUUGUGCGUGAACAGCACAAUCCCAGAGAUCUCCAUGCUUGAGGUGAUGCAGAAGAAUGACCAGGAAUCCCGGUUUCUACUUUCCAAGGGAACCCUGACUCCCGAUCCUCCCACAGAAACCAGUGUGCACUCUGGAUCCAGCUGCUUCACCAACCAAGGUUACUUCUUCUUCCACCUUUCCAACUCUUUUGAGAUCGAGCCCUGCCAGGUCUACUUCACCUACGAGCCUUUCACCCAGGAGGGCAGUGGCAGCAAGGAUGGUGAGUGUUACCAGGCUCUCCCCUCCCCAGACCUCUGCAUGCUGGCAGAGGACAUGAAUGUGUUGCCCAGCAACUUCUUUCACUGUAUUGAGGCAACCCAGGGCUUCCCAAAGAUCUCCUUCCUGGAAGAGACAGCAGGUGAAGCCCGCCAGGCUAUGGCUAUUCCUGGGGCUCUCCAUUCAAAUGAAGGUACCUCACCAACACCAGUUCUGGAACAGGAUGAGAAGGUGAUGGACCAAACAGUUCCACAACCUGCUGAGGCCGUGUGCCAGCUGGACACUGACUUUCCUGACCCACUGGACCUAGAGGACAGUGAUAGUGUCAGUGUAAUGGAGGGGAGUGGGAAGGGGAGCCCUUCCACUGAUCCCUGCACACCAGCAGCAAACGCCACUUCUUCCUGCUCCCAGCCUCCACCUCUAAGGCAAAAACAGGAUGAGGAUCUAUGCCACAUAGCCUUCUCCAGCCAGGUGCCAAACACUGGUGCCUACCUUUCCCUGAGGGAUCUCCAAAGCCAGUACAGCCAUUGCUCUGUCUAA